CUAGAGUAAGCAGCAAAGAAAGAGUAUACCGACGCAUCUCACGAAUCCAUCGACAACCCAACAAUUCAGCAACCGCUUAUCGGAAAUAUCAAUCGACAAUAUCCCGAUAAACCGCAAUCAUGGGAAAGGUUCACGGAUCCCUCGCUCGUGCCGGAAAGGUCAAGUCUCAAACACCAAAGGUUGAGCCACAAGAGAAGAAGAAGCGCCCUAAGGGACGUGCUGCCAAGAGAGAGAAGUUCGUUCGUCGUUUCGUCAACGUUACUUUGACCGGUGGCAAGAGAAAGAUGAACCCCAACCCAGGAGCUUAAAUAACCAAAAAUUGAUGGAUGGGGAACAAGAGGGGCGUUGCUUGUUACUAUACACAAGAAUUUCACCACGAUGGGUUUACGAUUACGAUUCAGGAACUAGAGAAUAUCUACUCCAAGUUCGGACGGGAAUCCAUUGGUUGAAGGGAAAGCAAUCUUCUGUAAUGGGCGUAUAUGUACAUUUGAGGAAGUGGUUUGCUGCUGAAUUGAGAUCAAUGUUAUCUUGAUCUUUCUCCGUCUCAAUACUUGUUCAUUGGUUUCUGCAGAUGUGAUGUGAUAUUACGAUGUUUUCUUACGCUGCAAAAUGGUUAAGGCGAACUGGGCAGCCCAUUUGUGCGGGGCAUCGGCCGAGGUCUUGAGAAAUCGAUAUGGGCUUGCCAUUGGCCAGGGGUACUAGAGAUUCUGGCCACAAAUCUCGGUCCCGUAUAUUUCAUAGGGAUCUGACGACAAUCAACAAGUUUCGACGUCUUCCUCACAUUUCUCUUUUUGUGUUCUGAACAUCCGCCACCCACAUAUAAUACACAUGCAACGGCCAUAUCACGACUUGAAUGAACCUUUGCACUGAAACCAUCAUGUUGCUCCCAUUACGUCUCAACUGAAAUCACUUGUGAAAGAUGACAAGAUGUCAAAAGAUCGCUUACUUUUCUUGACUGUCGCCAUGAAUCUUGGUCUCAGAUCUCUUUUCAGCGCUCCUUGCAUGAUUUCUUGUUUUCUAUCCUAUAUGUACAACAUCUUUAUUUCUUUCUUUUGAUGGCGAAAUCAAGGCCAUAGUAAACGUGCCGUUUGGUUCCUUGAUCACCAUUGUAUAAUACCAAAUUAUCGAGGAAGCGAGCUUUAAAGGUGUCUGUUUUCCUUCGUGCUCUUUUUCAUUCGUAUUUAUACAAGUUGCCAGUUCAUCUUCGCUCUCUGGGUGUAUGGAACAGACGCUCUAAACUACACUGAGAUUUUCUAGGGGAUUAUGACACAUGAUUGUAGCCUCUUUUUUUGCCUCCAUCGGAUGCUUCGAUGACUGGUGAUCAAUCCAAAACCUACAAUAUGAAAGGUGUUCAGCAUCCAUCCGAAUGCGCUGUUCAAACCUUUCUCGGAUAUUGAGUUUUUGAUAGUACCUAUCUUCUCGACUGUCAUAUCUUCCUUCACUCACUCAGACUUGGCUUGUUUUCGCUGUUACUGAAUCCCUAAACCUGGGUACCGAAAAUCGACUCACGCGAUGAAAUUCUCGCAUACACUGGCGUAGCAUAGCGCGGCUAAAAUUGACAUCUAUGUCGCUUCAGUUGUUCUAUAAUCUUCCUGAAUAUUGAUGUCGUGACCUGUAAAAUGAGGUUUCGUGGGAUGAGAUAUCGAUAGAUAUAUCAACCAUGGAGGAGCAAAUCAAAUUCGAGGAAAUGGGAUAGGAAUGAGAGGUUUUUUGGAUGCGGAUUGAGAAUGUGUUUUAUACAUAUCAUGCUUUUUAGAAGAUCUGUGUCUGUGUCUGUAUAGAAAAGAUAGAUGGCUUCAUUUUCUUUCUUUCGUUCUUUGUCAAGUAGAUAUUUCAAAACUACUCGUAUUUAUCGAUUCAACUACAUGGCCAGCUCCAACUAGCC